CGUAAACAAAGCCGCAUGGUUCAGUGAAUCUUUUUUUUCCCUUUAGAAUGAUAAACUCACACACAGUUGACGAAGCCUGACUGAUAGACACGUGUUUGCGGAGACCCUCUAAGGAUACCAAAGAUGCUCGCGGUGGCACUGCUGGCCGCUCUGGCACUGCAAGGCACAGUCGAGGGUGGCAUAUUGCAGUGGCACUACUACGGCGACAACCCGCAGGUGAAGCUCAAGCAAGGGAAGCUGCAGGGGAGGCGGUACCAGUCUCCCAAGGGCGCCAACUACCACUCCUUCGUCGGUAUUCCUUACGCUCGGCCGCCCGUCGGGAGUCUGCGGUUGCAGGACCCCGUGGCUGCGUACGAGUGGGAAGGCGUGAGGGAUGCCGCGGAGUGCCCUCCACAGUGCCCCCAGGUGGUUGGCACGGAGAUCGUAGGCAGCGAGGACUGCCUCUACCUCAGCGUCUUCACUCCUGAAGCUGAGGCGGAGGGCGGACACCCCGUCAUGGUGUACAUCCACGGCGACGACUACCUCUCCGGGGGACUGGACGACUACCCGCCGCUGCCCCUCCUCAACCACCCGGUCGUGCUGGUCGUUCUCCAGUACCGUCUGGGCGUCUUGGGAUUCCUGUCGACGGAGGAUGCUUCUCUGCCCGGUAAUCUAGGACUGAAGGACCAGACUCUGGCCCUCCGUUGGGUGCAGGACAACAUUCGUGACCUCGGUGGUGACCCAGACAAGGUCACUCUCUUCGGGCAAGGCAGCGGGGCGCAGUCUGUCCACUACCAGAUCUUGACGCCGUAUUCACGUGGUCUUUUCUCUCGUGCCAUCCUGCAAUCUGGAUCCGCCCUUUGUCCUAAGUAUUCAAGGGGCAGGCACCACGAAGUUGCCAUGCAGGUGGCCAAGGAGGUGGGUUGCCAGGGGCAUAGCAACCUGCUGGACUGUCUCCACGGCGUUCGAUUUGAGAAGCUCGUUUAUGCAUAUAUACCCUUGCAGCUGUGGAAUGGCUUCCCGUACACGAUGGUUCCUCGGGCGGACGGCGACUACAUCCCUGCAGAUCCUGCCGUUCUCCUUUCUUCUGGAUCCUUCUCGAAAGUUGACCUCAUCCUUGGCAUGACAAAGCAUGAAGGAGCAUUAAUGACAGCGACCAUGUUUUCCAGCUGGGACCCCGUAAAUGAACUGGGGGCCAAUUUCAGACGGGCUGCUUCUGUGUCCCUGAGCUUCGAAAGCGAGAUAGAAGCUGGACACCUCGCAGGAGUCAGCUAUUACUACUAUGUUGGAGACAAUAUGAUCAAUAUCAAGGAAGUUGCUAAUCUCACUCAGCUGUACACAGACCGGUACUUCUCUGUUUGCACAGACCACACGGCCAUUUUGCACGCCCAGCAUGGCUCCAAGGUUUAUUUUUACGAGCUCGAUCAUCGUGCUCUUGCCUCAAGCACUGACAAAUUCCAGCUUUUUUUCGACAGCAAGUGGGUAAGUCACGGAGACGACCUGCAGUACCUCUUUAGUGGCAGCAACGGGUUCCCUUAUCUGAGGACCCAUAACGACCUUUUGACAGGUGAAAUAAUCACGACUCUUUGGACAAACUUCGCUAAGACAGGCAAACCGACACCAGAUGACUCGUUGGGCUUUGAAUGGGAGCCGGUAACCAACAGCUCCUUGGCUCACCUGUCGCUGUCACCUUCACCCGAGAUGCAAGGGGACAGCCGCACGCAGUUGCGAAGUUUCUGGCAGUCCCUUCCAACACGUCAGAACACAAUCCUGUUCCCCGAGGAGAUGGGCUACUUUGUAAUGGAAGCUACGGAGGGUGACAACCAAGAAGCCCUUCCAAGCACAGACACGGGGGACACCGACUCGGGGGCAGAGGUGGAGGAUCAAAAGAAUGACAAUUUUACGGAGGAAUUGGUUAACAAGAUCCUGAGUGAUUCUCUAGGGGCUGACAUGGCAGAAAUCGUUGGAGGUUCAGCCCUUGUUGUGGACGAUAUACGAGUUGAAACUGAUAAUGGCAAAAAGAACACCACUGGGAAUAAAGGUAGAAUCAGUGACCCUCUAGUUAAGGGUGGUAUAGAAGUUCUGUACAAAGAUGACACCAAGAUAUCUUCGAAUACAGACGAUACCAAGAUAUCUUCGAAUACAGACGAUACCAAGAUAUCUUCGAAUACAGACGAUACCAAGAUAUCUUCGAAUACAGACGAUACCAAGAUAUCUUCGAAUACAGACGAUACCAAGAUAUCUUCGAAUACAGACGAUACCAAGAUAUCUUCGAAUACAGACGAUACCAAGAUAUCUUCGAAUACAGACGAUACCAAGAUAUCUUCGAAUACAGACGAUACCAAGAUACCUUCGAAUACAGACGAUACCAAGAUACCUUCGAAUACAGACGAUACCAAGAUAUCUUCGAAUACAGACGAUACCAAACACGCUGCCAACAAGGAUGACAUCAAUAGACUUUCAACCAGCGUGAAAGACGAAGAUGAAGAUGGUUAUUUCAAGGACCUUUAUAAUAAAGACGACCUCAAGGACUUUUUGAGGAAGAAGUAUUACUACAACCAUUUAAAGGAAUACGGUCCUGAGAGCGGGAGAAGGGAAGGGUACAUCAAAAACGUGAUAUACAAGCGCAAACUGAAAAAGUUGGAGGAAGAGCAGAAAGCCAUUGAUUCUAACGAUGCCUUCGACGUCGUGACAAAUGCUUUGUCAGGAGGGCAGGAUUCGGAAAGCACUCAAAACCUUGCCGAAACAGAAUUCGCCGAUACCCCUACCCAAACGGAAUACAGAGUUACCGAUACCCAAACCGAACACGCAGGACCAGAUACCCAGACAGAACACAAAGACACCGACAUCCCAGGAGAAAAUACGAACCCAGACACCCAAACGGGUCACACCGGCACUCCCAUUGAAGACGGCAGCACCCAGCCAAAGGCGCCAGACAGCGACUUCUUCAUCGUAAGGAAAAUGAUAGACUAUGGCGACAUCUACCAAAUACUGAAGGAAAACGAGGAAGCCACGAGGCAGUACAACGCCGCCAUCAGACUCAAUCCUUCCAUGUGUACUUUUGGCGAGGACUGCUAAGUAAAAAGACCAACGUGAAA